UGUUGCUGGCGCAGCUAAGUCACACCACUUCUGCCCAACGUGAGCAAACUAUGGCAGCUGCAGGGCUUCAGAUCUUGGCCAUCUUUCUGGCAGCCAUUGGCUUUGUGGGGGACAUUGUCAUCUGCGCCUUGCCCAUGUGGAAGGUGUCUGCUUUCAUUGGGAACAACAUUGUGACAGCGCAGACCUUCUGGGAGGGCCUGUGGAUGAACUGUGUGAUGCAGAGCACCGGACAGAUGCAGUGCAAGGUCUACGACUCCAUGCUGGCUCUACCCCAGGACUUGCAGGCAGCCCGUGCCCUGGUUGUGAUCUCGAUCUUGGUUGUCUUCAUGGGAAUCCUGCUUGCUGUCGCAGGGGGAAAGUGCACCAACUGCAUUGACGAUGAAGAGGCCAAGAGCAAGGUAGCAAUCAUUGCGGGCGUGCUCUUCAUCGUUGGAGGUAUCCUGUGCCUGAUCCCUGUGUCCUGGUCAGCUAACACUAUCAUCAGGGACUUCUACAACCCCCUUUUGACCGACGGACAGAGGCGGGAGCUCGGCGCAUCGCUGUUCAUCGGUUGGGGAACAGCAGGACUCCUGCUUAUUGGCGGGGCGCUUCUCUGCUGUCAGUGUCCACAGCGUAAGGAUAGCGGAUACUCUGUCAAAUAUUGUGCCCCACGCUCAGCAGCCAGUGGUGCUUAUGUCUAAAAUGCCUGUCUUUUUUUAGUGUGCAUCCUUCUCUUGCAACAGGAAACUGGACUGAAGUCUUAUAUAUCUUAAUGCUCUUAAAUGUGUGAUUUCAAGGUGUCUUAAUGACUUAUUUAAUAAAUUCAUAUGAUCAC